UAAGUGAAAAAAUCUUAAUAAACUUUUUCUAAAUUUACUUAUUGAAAUUUAAAUAAUCGCGUAUUGUUGUCACAAUAGAUGUGUGGAAGCUAAUAUAUUUAAUGUCACAUAAUUUCAAUUUAAUCGAGUGAGUAAUAUGUUGAUAGCAUGGAACGCAACGCAAAAUGCACCCUUAGAUUUGAGUAGAAAUGGGACUGCGUGGAAAACUGAAGUUAACGUUUUUAAAUUUCAACGGUGUCUUCCUUGCCAAACUUGCGGUAAAAGUUUCGACAGACCUUCACUUUUAAAAAGACAUUUGCGAACCCAUACAGGAGAGAAACCACACGGCUGCACAAUAUGUGGCAAAAUGUUCAGCACCAGUAGUUCGUUAAAUACUCACAUUAGGAUUCAUACUGGUGAACGUCCUCACGAAUGCCCGAUGUGUGGGAAACGUUUUACCGCCUCGUCGAAUUUGUAUUAUCAUCGUAUGACGCAUUACAAGGAGAAGCCACAUAAAUGUAACGAGUGUGGACGAUCUUUUCCAACUCCCGGUGAUUUAAGGGCUCACGGAUAUUCUCAUACUGGUAAUUGGCCAUUACGUUGUCCAGUGUGUAACAGAGGAUUUUGCAAACUUGGUGCUUUACAUCAUCACAUGAAAUCACAUGGCGAUCACUCCUAUCGUUAUAAUAUCUACAAUCAAAAGCCUCCCAUGAUCAAUAAUUUACGAAUUUAUGAACAUCAACAGAGUUCUCAUAUGUCAAAUAACAACACAACUGAUUACAUGAAUGUGCACAAUGGUAUUGCAAACAUAGAAAUUAUCAAGUUCGAAGGUGUCGAUAACAAUUACAUGCAAUUACCUACAAUGUAUCCAUGGCCUUCCUGGAUGCCAUCACAAUUUCAAAAUUAAUUGAAUCGUGUUAUACUUGUUCGCGCGACUAUAUGAACCAAAAUUUUUAUUUAUUACAA